AUGGAGAUCGAUGAAGCGGGCGAGGGAUUCAUUGGAGUCCGAAUGGGAACUGGAAUGGAAGCAUCUGCUGGGCCAUUCCAACCGAUUCAGUACAUUGGAAUGGAACAGGCGCAAGAUCAGCAUCAACGGAUCAUGUGCUGCAUGUGUGCGGUUGUCAUUCCGGCGAAUCCAACUGGAAAAUGCGUCAAUUGUUUGAAAACGCAAGUGGAUGCAACAUCUGAGAUCGAGAGAAAUCUUGUUCUCCCCUACUGUAAGCACUGCAAUCGGUAUCAGCGACCUCCAUGGUUGGCGUGUGAAUGGGAGAGUCCGGAAUUGCUGGCGUUAUGUUUAAAGAGAAUUCGUGGAUUACAAGGGACGAAGAGGGACGGUGCACGGCUAGUUGAUGCUGGAUUUUUGUAUACAGAACCCCACAGCAGAAGGAUUAAAGUGAAAUUGACUUUACAGAAAGAAGUAGUUGCCUCAACAGUCGUUGAACAAGAUUGUGUUGUUGAGUUUGUGAUUCAACCAACACAAUGCGAUGAUUGUAAACGAGCAUUCACUCCCCAUACGUGGACGGCUGUAGUGCAAGUUCGUCAAAGGGCUCAACACAAGAGAUCUUUGAUGUAUUUAGAACAAGCCAUUCUGAAGCAAAACGCACAUGAGAAAGUUCUCAAAGCCAUCGAAGCACCAGAUGUUCUUACACGGCGGCAUUUAACUGAAUUUGUGAUUCUUGAUAUCGAGCCAGUUGACAUGAGAACUGUUUCUGUGGCGGCUCAUGCGCAUCGAUUCGUAAAUCCAACUGCCAAGAAAUCCAAAGAUACUCGAAGGAGAGCUUCAUCAGAUGCUAUGGUGGACGUUCCGUCGUCGCAUACGACGUCCUCGGCUGUCGUCUUCUCCGACCCUCGGUGCGACCCUCUCGCUGGACGGUUGGUCGACGUCGAAAUUGCAAGAGCAGCUGAUUUUGGUGUAAACGACUCCCGGACGACUGUUCGAAGUCACCUGGGAAAAGUUUUGAGGGUGGGAGAUUGGUGUUUAGGAUACGAUCUAUCAACUCUGAAUCUCGGUGGUAUUGACGAAGAUACGGGAAUCGAGAGCAAGAUUCCAUAUGAAGUGAUUCUGGUUCGCAAGACUCGUCAAUUAGGAGCAGAAACACGGAAACGUAAUUGGGUGCUUCAACGACUUCCUAUAGAAAAGGCCUCUGCCGGUCCUGCAAAGAUGCAUCAAGAUGAAAGAAGAGAUUUAGAAGAAUUCAAGCGAGAUCUUGAGGAAGAUUCUGUAAUGCGCCAAGGGGUGAAUUUAUGGAAAGAUACGACAAAUCACGGGGACUCGACCAACGUAGAUGCUGAAGACGUUCAGUUAUGCGAAUUAUUAGAUCGCAUGACAUUGAAUGAUGCCGAUGGUGUUUAUGAAUAG